AUGUUGGUUGAGCUGAAGAAUGGCGAAACGUACAACGGGCAUUUGGUUUCCUGUGAUGCUUGGAUGAAUAUUCAUCUCCGAGACGCCAUCUGCACAUCACGUGAUGGUGAUCGCUUCCAAAAAAUGCAGGAAGUUUAUGUCAGAGGUUCAACGAUCAAAUAUUUGCGGAUUCCGGACGAUGUUGUUGAGCUAGUGAAGGAGGAGGUGAAAGAAGUGCGCAGGCAGCAGAAGGAUCAGCAGCGUGCCAAGCGUAGCAUGCAGGGAGGUCGAGGUGGAGGACAGGCUCGUGGUGGGAUGGUACGCGGAGGGGGGCGAGGAGCGCAGCAGGGAAGGGGUCGUGCAAAAGGCCCUGCACAGUAA